AUGGGGAUUUCGGGAGCGCGGACGACUCAUGUUGCUUCUCUCGUUAAACGUUUCAAGUGAUAAAGCAAGUAGACUAAACCAGGCAAAUGGCAAGUUUAUAUUUUAUUUAAAUCCACACAGGAAACAAUGGAUACGAAGACUGUUUUCUCUCUAGUCUACUUUGUCUGUUUAGCCGUGAAUAGAACUGUGGUUUCCGGGGCCCGUUCCUUCUCCAUAGACUACAAGAACAACUGCUUUCAGAAAGACGGGAAGCCUUUCCAGUAUGUCUCCGGUAGUAUCCACUACUCCCGCAUCCCUCACUACUACUGGAAAGACAGACUGCUCAAGAUGUACAUGGCCGGACUCAACGCUGUACAGAUUUAUGUUCCCUGGAACUUCCAUGAGGAAAAGCGGGGUGUUUACAACUUCUCUGGGGAUCGAGACCUGGAGAACUUCCUGGAUCUGGCCAAUCAGACUGGCCUCCUGGUGAUCCUUCGCCCCGGACCCUACAUCUGUGCAGAGUGGGAGAUGGGUGGUUUACCAGCUUGGUUGCUCCAGAAACCAAACAUCGUACUUCGCUCAGCAGACACAGACUACUUGGAGGCAGUGAGCACCUGGAUGGCGGUGCUGCUACCAAGGAUGAGGAGAUGGCUGUAUCCAAAUGGAGGCAACAUUAUCACUGUGCAGGUAGAGAAUGAGUAUGGGAGCUACUACACGUGUGACUAUAACUACAUGCGGCACCUGCGGACCCUGUUCCAGUUCUUCCUGGGGGAAAACACUGUUCUCUUCACGACCGACGGGAACACGGACCGGGAAAUGACCUGUGGGACCCUGGAGGGAAUGUACGCCACUAUAGACUUUGGGACAGACGUCAACAUAUCCCAAGCUUUUAGUCGGCAGAGGAGAUUUGAACCAAGAGGCCCGCUGGUGAACUCUGAGUUCUACACGGGGUGGCUGGACCACUGGGGGGACCAGCAUGCUCAGGUGGACACCCAGAAGGUCAGCAAGAUGCUGUGGGAGAUGCUCAGCAUGGGGGCCAGCGUCAACAUGUAUAUGUUUGAAGGAGGAACCAACUUCGGAUACUGGAAUGGAGCGGACCAUGAUAACAGGUUCAGGUCGGUAGUGACCAGUUAUGACUACAACGCCCCUCUGUCUGAGGCAGGAGACCCUACAGAGAAACUACUGGCUAUACGGGACACCAUCAGCAAGUUCAGGGACAUCCCUGUGGGCCCCAUGCCCCCAGCCUCUCCCAAGAUGGCCUAUGGCUUUGUGACUCUGACAAUGGUAGGGAACCUCAGCAGCCUGCUGGACACGCUGUCACCUCAGGGUCCUGUCCGGUCCCUGUACCCGCUGUCUUUUGAAGAGAUGAACCAGUACUAUGGUUUCAUGCUGUACCGGACCAAGCUGCCCAGGGACCUGCCAGAAGACACACCCCUAAUCUCUCCUCUGAAUGGGGUUCAUGACCGGGCAUAUGUCUCUGUCUGUGGGGUGUUCCAGGGGCUGCUGGAGAGAGACACGACUCUGGUGAUGAACGUAACGGGGAAGCAGGGGGACCAGAUUGAUGUUCUCGUAGAGAACAUGGGACGAGUCAACUUUGGCAGCAAGAUCAACGACUUCAAGGGCCUGUUGAGUAACCUGAUCCUUGGGAAAGAUGUGCUGGUAGAUUGGCAGAUCUACCGUCUGGACAUCGACGGAGCCGUCGCCUCCGGAUGGCCCCAGUCACGCCAGCGACGCUCCCCGCCCGACCCAGUCAGAGGGCCCUCAGAUGGGCCAGUCUUCUACCAGGGUACCCUGCCUCCCAACGGUCUGGCCUGGGACACCUUUCUCCGGCUCAAUGAAUGGACUAAGGGACAGGUAUGGAUCAACGGGGUGAACCUGGGCAGGUACUGGCCUAAGAGAGGUCCCCAGCAGACCCUGUACGUCCCGGGGCCCCUGCUCAGCCCCACCCAGCCCAACAACAUCACAGUCCUGGAGCUAGAGAGGGCCCCUCCUCACACCAGGGUCCUCUUUAUGGACCGGCCCCAGCUCAACAGCACUCCUGGCAAGACAUCACAGCUACAGACCACAGAGAGACAGACAUGACACCACAGCUACAGACAGAAGACAAGACAUUACCUCAGAGAAUCAGUUUCUUCAUCGUUGACAGCCAGCCAUGACAUCACAGCUACAGCCAGCCAAUCAAUCCCUCCGAAUAAGUCUCUGUCCAACCACAUAUCUGCAGCAUGAGCUAAUACACUCCAAUCGUCUAUCAAUCAAUGUAUGAGUAGCAUAUCCUGUAUCAAUUCAUUUCAGCACUCUUUUCUACGGACUUCAGUCUAUAACAAAUGUAACAACCGCCGAGCCAGCCUUUCAGUUUCUGUAACCCCGUCUCCGCUGCAUCUACAAAUAUGAGGAUCUGUUUAAAGGAAACUUAAGGUUUGGUUUUCUGUGUUAAGCUCACGCAGGUAUGAAUAAAUAGAUGACAGUAUUAUGGUAAUUAUGGUAUGAUUUAAUAACAUGAGUUGCUGUGCUUCUUUGUCAGAUACUGGCUAUGUUUUGACACUUUACUAUAUACCUUUUAAUAAAUCUAUUUCAUAAAAAAAAAAACUGUGUACAUUAAUAAACAGUAUUUCAUCAUCA